AUGUCUCGUCCUGAAACAGAUCUCCUGGACUCCUUGUCCGCUGAACUAUCUCAGCAGCUGAAGGAUCGCGUAGAUCGAGCUUUGCUCGAGUUUAUACGACCGAAUUCUGCGUCUCAGUUUGCGCAGGAUGCUCCCGAGUUGGCCAAAUUCCGUGAGGCUAUCGCGCAGGGCAACCCGAAAGACGAUCUAGAAUUCCUGCGCAGCUUCCGAGAAUUCGUCCCUACCACAAACUACGAACCUUACCGGCCGUUCAUAGCAAAGUUUUUUGCGACCCCUUGCAAGGAGGCUGACGUCAAGAACAUGUUCGCCCCAGGACUACCUUACUUCCUCGCCAUGUCUAGUAUGACAUCCGGCAAAUCAGUAAAGAUAUUCCCCAAAUAUCGGCCACCCCCUCACCUGUUGCACCAUCCUCUAUAUCUGGCGCUUCCUCCGUCAGAGGGGAUUACCUUAUCACCGGCUUCUCUGAAGUAUUCGCAAAUCUUACAAAUAGAUUGCGAAGAUGGUCAAUCCAAGCAGGUGACGGUCUGCUCGUUGAGCAUCGGUUUUCUGCGAAUGGCAAUGAACUGGGACGCCGAGCAUGACAACGAGAGGCUCGACUUAUGGUUGCCAGGGCAAACAGAUCCAUAUGCGAUUUCCUUGGUCAAGAGCUAUCGCGCGUUCUUCGUUCUGAAUGCUCUGUUUGCACUAGCAGACUGUCGGGUGACGAUCAUCCGCUUCUUCUUUGCUAAUGUAUUCGUCAUUUUUUUGCAGUAUAUAGAGGAUGAGUGGUCUCUACUCAUCGACUGCAUUGAGAAAGGUAUCAUCCCGGAUGUUGAAGACCUAGACCAUUUGCGAGCACCUUUGGAGGUCAUAUUUUUCUUGCUUGUUACAUUCCACUCGGCUCACAAGGUCACUCAGAAACUGUUUAGACCAAAUCCUCUUCGUGCUGCUGAACUUCGGGAAAUCGGGCCUCCUGGCAUCCAGGGUUGGGCAGUCCGCGUGUGGCCUUACUUGACAAAGUUCGUUGGGAUCACCGGAGGUCCUGCUACUGCCUCUGUUCCCAAGGCAUGUCAAAUUACUCAUGCACUCGGACCUUCUGUCCCCACCCAGUCUCCUGGUUAUGGCAGCUCAGAGGGUGGCGUCGCCAUAACAUACCACAAAGGCGACCCCAAGACUGACUUCAAGGUGGUGUUUGUGGAUGUGGUCACCGAAUUCCUGGAUGUGUAUUCCAACGAGCCUUCGGAGCGCGUACUGUCCAUCUGGGAACUUGUACCUGGAGGGCAUUACGAGCCCGUCUUGACGACUCGUAAUGGCUUGUGGAGAUACCGCCUUGGGGAUGUCGUCACCGUGAAAGGCUUCGCUCCAGACGACGGAUUGCCUGUUAUCAACUACCUUCACAGGCGAGAAGGCGGACUUGUGAUGACAUUCGGAACAACGUGCACUGAAUCAGAAUUGACGAAUGCGAUCGUGUCUGCCGCCAAUCGAUGGAUCGGCCAAAUCAUAGAUUUCACCAUUGUAGGUGACGACCGAGACGCGCCUAUUACUUAUGGAUAUUUAGUAGAAAUUGGAGGAGAAAUAGGAAACGACGCGAGAAUGGCGACGCAGCAAACUUUUGAAGAUCUCAUGGCGGCAAACGACGAGUUUCGCACUGCUUUCUGGCAAGGCCGAGCAAGAAAGCCGACCAUUCGUCUAUUGGAGAAAGGCACAUUUGCAGAGUAUCGCAGGCAGAAAUGCGACAAAACAAGCGUGUCGAUAUCGCAAGUGAAGGUUCCCGUCGUCCUAUCCGACCUAAAGUUUAGGGAAUGGUUCCUGGAAAGAGUUAUGAUUGAGCUGUAA